AUGUUAUUGUUUUUUUAUUUGUUGAUUGAAUGGAUAGAUGAUUCUUCGAUGGGGGUUGAACGAAGUUCCUGUCCAGUUACCUCAAGCCGAUCACUUGAUCUGCAAGAUCAAACGAACUCUGCUAGAGUCUUUCUGCAGAUCAAACUUCGAACACCUGAGCUUCUGAGCACCAAACCUGCAAAGAUCGAGGACGCAGAAUUACUCUGGCUUUCGUCCUUUCGAAAGACUCCUGUGGUCUCCGAAUUACGCGUCGUCAUGAUGGGACCGCACACAGGUAGAGCUGUAAGUUACAUACAAGCUCGUCCUACAGAUGUCUAUCGUCUGCAAGCUUUAAGCGCACCGAGAGCCUGUAACGAGAGAUAUUACUACGUUCAAGAUCAGCGUACUGCGGAUGGAGUUCAGCCAAUGCACCAUCGCCGUGGAGAUGCUCCGGCUUUCUCGGCGAUGAGAGGAGCCGAUAUGAACUCACCAUCUCAUACUAUCGAUAGAGCAAGCGUUGGUGUUCCUCAUGCUUAUAAAUCUUUCUCGUUGACGCACGCUGAUUCUUACUUGUGUCGGCAGAAUCAAGACCCCAUUGAUCCAGGGCUUCAAUCGCUUGCAGAUCAGCAAACGAAAUGCACCACCAAUCACCUUCAUACUCACCCUGGUGCGGUUCGCCGCUGGCUCUGGUAUUCAGCUGGCCUAGCCGGGGUGAGGGUUGAGCCUGGAACAAUACUGAACAACACAUCCAAGAGACACAUCUCGGCACAUAUACUUGCCAUCGCCAACCCUUGGUCAUUUCAGCUUGAGGUCACUCCCAAGGCUUCGUCACAACCUCCACGCCUGUCUACUCGCCAGGGCAUAUUGGCUGCUUACCCAAUUAUGACCAAUACAGAGUACUUGGACCAUGCGUCCAAGACUCUUACACGCCUGUAA